AUGCCAACCCAACCAUCUAGCACUCAGAAGAACUCCCAAGCUUGCAGCACUCAACAAGCUCCUUCCAAACCUUGUUCAAAGCGUGCUGGCCGUGCCAAAGGCUCCAAAGGAUACACCGCUGAAGACUCCACCAAACUAGUCAAAUGUGUUAAAUCCGUACUUCCCCUGGGGGCCAACGAUUGGGUUUCCGUCUUGGAGAAAUACAACGAAUAUGCCAUUGAAAACAACUGA